UUGUUAUACCAAUUGAAUGUCAUUUAUUGUCAAUUAAAUUCGUGCGCCCGUGUUAAAAUUGCUGCUCGUGGUUUAAAUUCCGCGAUCUAAAUUUUUUACAAAUAUAAUUUACUAAACUUUAAAAGGAGAUUUUGAAAUUUGCUUUAAAUUGUAUUUAGUAAGUUUAGAUAAAUACAGAGAUUUACCAAGAUGCCUUCCAGCGAUCCAUUGCCGCCAAAAGAAAGUGCUCUUUUUCGAAAACUUCUGAAAUGUUAUGAAAUGAAACAAUAUAAGAAUGGUUUGAAAUUGGCCAAACAGAUUCUCUCAAAUCCGAAGUAUACUGAACAUGGGGAAACAUUAGCUAUGAAAGGAUUGACACUGAAUGGUUUAGGGCGUCGAGAAGAAGCAUACAAAUACGUACGACAAGGUUUAAGGAAUGAUUUAAAAUCCCAUGUGUGCUGGCAUGUUUAUGGUUUGUUGCAGCGUUCUGAUAAAAAGUAUGAUGAAGCUAUCAAAUGUUAUAGAAAUGCUUUGAAGUGGGAAAAGGAUAACUUACAAAUUCUCAAAGAUCUUUCUCUUUUACAAAUACAAAUGAGAGAUCUUGAGGGAUAUAAAGAAACCCGGCAUCAAUUAUUUAAACUUCGACCGUCUCAACAUGCUUCUUGGAUUGGAUUUGCAAUGAGUUAUCAUUUGUUGGGAGACUUUGAAACUGCGAAUAGUAUUUUGGAGACAUUCAGGCAAUCACAAGCAUUGAUAGAAACCCAUGAUUAUCGUCAUAGUGAACUUUUACUGUAUCAAAAUCAAAUAUUAAUUGAAUCUGGAAAUUAUGAUAAGGCUCUUCAACAUUUACUGGCUUUUGAAAAUCAAAUAGUUGAUAAAUUAGCUGUUAAAGAAACUAUAGGGAAUCUCUAUAUAAAAUUAGGGAAAAACAAUAAAGCAAUUACUAUUUAUGAAGAAUUAAUAAAACGAAAUCCUGAGAACGUUGAAUAUUAUAAAAAAUACUUCGAAGCAACCAAUAUGACAGAUGUGGACAAAAUUCUUGAGCGAUAUGACAAAUUCCAAGAAACUUAUCCGUAUGCAUUGUGCCCUAAGCGUCUUCCAUUAGAUAUGGCUAAUGGUGAUAAUUUUCGCGAAAUUGUUGAUCGAUAUUUACGUAAAGGUUUACGAAAAGGUGUGCCACCACUUUUUAAUAAUGUACGUUCCUUAUAUAAAGAUGAUGUAAAAAUUAAUAUAAUAGCGGCGCUAGUUGAGGAGUACUUUAAAAAUUUAAAUAUGUCGGGGCACUUUUCACGAAUUGAUUUCGAACAUAAUAAGCCUAAAGAGCCUGUUUCAGCUUUGUUAUGGACUACUUUAUUUUUGGCCCAACACUAUGACUACUUAAGAGAUACUGAGAAGGCACUUAAUUAUAUUAAUAUAGCUAUAGAACAUACGCCUACAUUGAUAGAACUUUUUGUGGCCAAAGGUCGAAUUUAUAAACAUGCUGGUGAUACGAUCGAAGCGUAUAUCUGGUUAGAUGAAGCACAAAGUUUAGAUACUGCUGAUCGUUAUAUAAACUCCAAAUGUGCAAAAUACAUGUUGCGAGCUAAUAUGGUAAAAGAAGCUGAAACAGUUUGUUCAAAAUUCACUAGAGAAGGUGUUUCUGCCAUGGAAAAUCUUAACGAAAUGCAGUGUAUGUGGUUUCAAACAGAAUGUGCUUUGGCAUAUCAGCGUCUUGGAAAAUGGGGCGAAGCACUAAAAAAAUGUCAUGAAGUCGAUAGACAUUUUGCUGAAAUAAUUGAGGAUCAAUUCGAUUUUCACACUUAUUGCAUGAGAAAGAUGACGUUAAGAGCAUAUGUAGGUUUGCUGCGUUUAGAAGAUAUUUUAAGGAAACAUCCAUUUUAUUUCAAAGCAGCUAAGUGCGCGAUUGAGGUGUAUAUAAGACUGCAUGACAAACCUUUAAAAAAUGAGGUAGCGGUAGAAGAAAUAGAUCUAGAAAACUUACCACCCUCAGAGUUGAAAAAGUUGCGAAAUAAACAAAGGAAGGCGAAAAAGAAGGCCGAACUUGAAAGUGCACAGGCUGCUCAAGCAGCGGUCAAAAAAGAACAACAUCAGAAAUCAAAACAACAAAAUCCCCAAGACACAGAUCCCGAUGCGCCGCAGUUAGAUGAAUUAAUACCAGAAAAAUUAGAGAGGCCUGAUGAUCCUUUGGAAAAAGCGAUAGAAUUUUUAAAACCAUUGCAACUGCUAGCCAAAGAUCGAAUUGAGACAUAUUUAUUAGCAUUUGAAGUUUAUUUGAGAAAGCAAAAAAUUUUGCUGAUGAUUCAAUCAAUAAAUCGUGCUCGCAAAAUUGAUGCUAACCAUCCGAUUGUACAUGGUUGUAUAAUGAAACUAACAAAAGCUUUACAACUAUUCACUGAUUUAAAUCCCAGUGUCAAAGUUGUUGUUGACAAAUCAAGCAAGGAAUUGAUUGGUGAUAGCACGCCUGCAAUAAUUAAUCAAGCAUUUAUUGAAAAAAAUCGAACCUCUAUAUUGCAUUUAAUUGAAGGUGCUAAAAUCAUGUAUGCUUUACAGCCUAGUAAAAAAGAGGAAGCGAUUAAGUUAUUAACAAAUUUUGAUACUAAUAAAAUGAGUUUGCAGGACUGUACAAAGGUUUUUGAAAGCGUACGUGAUGGACACUUUGGGCACGAUAUUGAUGAUAUUUUAAUAUCAUAUAAAAAAGUAUGUCGAAACCGAUUUCCUUAUGCUCGUCUUUUUAGAGAAGAUAAAAUAAAAAACUUUGAUCAACCACCAAGUGAAAAUCAUAUAAACGAAUCUAAAGAUGAACAAAAGACUGCAGAUUUGUAAAACCACUAAGCAAGCUUCAAAAAUUUAAGAAUAAAUAUUUUAAUUGCUAACAGAAUCAAAUUUUAAAUAUGUAACAAAAAAAACUUUAAUAUUAAUUUUCAAAUAUUUCUUAUCAGUUCAAUAACUUUAAAAACGACGGUUUUUAGAUACAAUUUAGGAAUUCAAUUAAAUCAACAUUAUAAUUUGGUUUGAAAUAAAAUGCAUAUAGUUGAAAUAAUGUAUAUAAUGUAAUAUAUAUUUGUAAAACUUAUGCAAAUAUUUUUAUUUUCAAAUAUUUAAUGAGGUACAUUAUCAUUAAAACAUAAAUGUAUAAAAAUAUUUCAAAAAGUAUUAUAAAACUAUUUGGAUAUAUAAAUUUUCUUGGCUUUAUAUCUUAGUGUAAAAAAGAAACUACCAAAAGAACAAUUACAGACGUCAUAUUGUAUUACAAUUGUCACUUCUUUUAUUGAUACUCAAUCAGUAAAGGAAACGACAAUCUGAUUAAAUUUUAAAGGAUUGUGGAUUGGUUGAUAAAAUUAUGUAAGUUUUUGUAUUGUUAUUUUUUUUUGUUGCAUCUUUAAUAAUUUUUGCAAUAUCAGACUUAUAAUAUAUUGAGUUAUACUUUAGCUAUUUUAAAUUUUUACAUUUUUAUUAUUUUUCGAUUAGUAAUUUUAUUUGGGAUUUUUAGUUAGGAUAAGAAAAAUUGCUUAUAUUUUUUUCUUAUAAAAAAUAAUGUAAAUUUGUAUAGAAAUUAUAAUUGUUUAUUAUAACUAAACACCCAUAUUAUCUUAGACGUAUCGACUAAACGAACUAUUAUUUGAAACGAACUAUGAUAUUAUUAUGUGAUGCGUUUAAGAGAAUGUGAGUAAGUGAUAAAGUGUGAAGCGGCUUUUAGUUGAAAUUUAAUUUUUCGUAAUUUAUCAACUUGUUCACAUCGGUCACGAAUACCUAAAGAAUGAAUUCUAAAAUAAAAUUCGAAAAGAUGUUAAUGGUUGCUAACGAAUAGAGCUUUAUGAUAACAUUUGCAAAAAAUUUAAAUAACAUUAACUCUUGAAUUGAUUUUAAGCCUUAGUUUAAAUUUAGCAAAAAUAAGUACUUGACUAUUACCUUUUACAAUAGCAUUAAUGUCAUUUAACAAGUCUUAAUUUAUUUUUAAGACAGAAAGAAAGUAAUAAAAAUUUAAAUGUGUUACAAAAUAUUAAAACGAGAAUAUACUUUUCAUUUCUUGAAGUUUUGUAGAGGUAUUUUGAAUUCUUUAAUAUUUUGAAGAUUUUCUAAUACACAUUAAUACAUCUAACAUAAUUAAGUUAUGUACACAAAGUUCUCCAAUCGAUUUUUUUUAUUGUGAAAUUGCAGAAAUAAUUUAUUAAUUAAGAUUGUUAGAAUAUGUUACAUCAAAAUAUAUUUACCGCUU